AUGCCUAAAUCCAAGCGCGCAAAGGUCGUCCACAUGACCCAGGUCGCAAAGAAGACCCGCGACGACAAAGACCAGCUCUUCACCAACAUUCGCGAAGCCGUCCCCGAGUAUCAGCAUGUCAUUGUCUUUGAGGUGGACAAUAUGCGCAACAAUCAUCUCAAGGUUGUUCGACAGGAGCUGUCCGAUUGUCGAUUGUUCUUUGGCAAGACGAAGCUCAUGGCAAAGGCGCUGGGCCAGAAUCCUGCCGAAGCCGUUGCCCCUGGGAUCGAGGGCCUCACCAAAUACCUGGCUGGAACUGUUGGGCUGAUCCUUACGAACCGCCCUGUCGAAGCCAUCCUCGCGUACCUCGACAACUUCCACCCGGUGGACUUUGCGCGGGCUGGUGUCCCCGCCACACGAGAGUUCACCAUUCCCGCUGGCGUUGUCUAUUCCACUGCGGGGGAGAUUCCCGCGGAGUACGAUGUACCAAUGGAGCACACCAUUGAACCUGAGCUGCGCAGGCUCGGCGUCCCGACGAGGAUGGUCAAGGGCAAGGUCGUCCUUGGCGAGGAGAGCGGCGAGGGUGAGGGCUAUCUGGUAUGCAAAGAAGGCCAGGUCUUGGACUCGAGGCAGACUAGGCUACUCAAGCUGUUCUCAGUCUGUCUCAGCGAGUUCAAGGUCAAUGUGUUAGCACACUGGAGCUCAGCGUCAGGCGAGGUCAUUGAGGUCAGCCAAAGCGCAAUGGAAGAAUAG